UCAAAUGUCAAAUGCUAACUUUCAUCCAUCACGUAACUCAUUCUAAUUGUUAUUUUAUAUUGUCAUGUAGAAGUUAAAGAGCAACAUUUGAAAUCAAAUGAAGUUAUGGAACAGUUCUUCUGAUGGCUUCUACACGAUGCAGCUCGAGAGUCGGAAACGGUGGAAAACUGCUCUAGUAACUCAUCCAUCACAAAAAAGCCAUUACAAGGCAGGGAGGUCUAAUUACAUCACCAGGCUGACGCUAUACUUUGCUGAGCAGCUUGUAUAUGGCAAAUACACAUACAGACUCUCUUUCUCUCUCUCACACACACACACACUAGUCCAUUUUCUUGAUGUGCUACAUGUAGAGCAUAACAAUGAUGCUCAGCUCAUAUCACAGCCAGUUUACAGGUGUUGUUUCCUCAGCGUGGCCCCUCCUGUAGACUAUAUAGGGAUCAGAGUGAUGAGAUGCUCCAGAGUCUUAGAGUGUUAUACAUUGGAUAAACAUUAAAUUUAGUUUGAAGUACCCUGAGCUGAUGGUUAAGAUGCUUUUCUCACUGGUCCGCUGUCUCAUCCCUCUGCUGCUCUUCAGCUAUGUUGAUUCUGGUCGGAUUCUGAGGACGAUCAAACAGCGUGUGCGUGAACUCCAGCUGCAGAAGAACAAGCAGCUUCUCCUGACGCUCACAGCCAGCGGUCAGCAGCCUCUACAACACGUGAAGGAGGCCUGGAUCCACCAGCCUCUGAAUCAUUUCAACCGACAGGAUGUUAACACCUUCACUCAGAGGUUCUUUGUGAACGAAGCCUACUGGCAGCGUCCUGAUGGUCCAGUGUUUCUGUUCAUUGGAGGAGAAGGGCCCAUCUAUGAGUUUGAUGUUCUGGCAGGUCACCAUGUUGACAUGGCUGAGGAGCACGGGGCUCUGCUACUGGCUCUGGAGCACCGUUUCUAUGGCGACAGCAUCAACCCUGAUGGCCUCAAAACGGAGAACCUGGCAGACCUGAGCAGCCAGCAGGCGCUCACUGACUUGGCUGUAUUCCACCAGCACAUCAGUCAAAGCUUCAAUCUGAGUCGCAGGAACACCUGGAUCAGCUUUGGAGGCUCGUACUCUGGAGCUCUGUCCGCCUGGUUUAGAGGAAAGUUUCCUAAUCUGGUGUAUGGAGCUGUGGCGUCCUCUGCUCCGGUCAAGGCGAAGCUGGACUUUUCUGCCUACAACAAUAUUGUUGGCAUGGGGCUGAUGAAUGAGGCAGUUGGCGGUUCAGAGAAGUGUCUGGCUAAAGUGCGGGAAGCGUUUGCAGCAGUGGAGGCAGCCCUGGUGGGUGGAAACGUCAGCCAGGUGGCCAAAGACUUUGGCUGCUGUCAGAUCCCUAAAGAUCAUGAUGACCAGGUUGAGCUGAUGCAAAACUUGGCUGACAUUAUGAUGGGAACGGUGCAGUACAAUGAAGAAGGGGUGCUCAUGUCUAUUAAUGAGCUGUGUGGCGUUAUGACCAAUGCCAGCGAGGAAUAUGAGGAGGAGAUGGAAGCCUACAGCCGCCUCAUUAAACUUUCACAGAUCUACCGUUCCAGCAGUGAGGAGUCAUGUCUGGACAUCUCCCAUGAGAAAACAGUGAAGGAUCUGAUGGACAUGUCUAUCCACUCUGGCAGGAGGACAGAGAGACAGUGGAUUUACCAGACCUGCACUGAGUUUGGAUUCUAUGAAACUUGUGAGGAUGCCACUUGUCCGUUCUCUGGGAUGUUGACCCUGCAGACUCAGACUAAGCUCUGUACCAUGGUGUUUGGUGUUUCCCAGCAUUCUCUGCCUGCACGCAUCGCCUUCACUAAUAGCUACUAUGGAGGAGACAACCCAAACACGCACAGAGUCCUUUAUGUCAACGGUGGGGUUGACCCAUGGAAGGAGCUGUCAGUGGUCCAGGACAGGACUGAGGAAGGAGAAGAUGCUCAGACGGUCUUCAUUAAGGACACUGCUCACUGUGCCGACAUGGCGAGCAGAAGAUUCACAGACCGCCGCUCACUCAGGAAAGCCAGACAGGAGAUUGAGAAACAUGUGGCCCGCUGGCUGGAGACAGCUGCCGGGGAGAAGAUGAAGAAAAUAACAGUGUGAUCACAUCACAUUAUAACCUGAUCAGCUCUUAUCGCCGUCCCCUGGAACUGAUAAGAAAUAGUUAAUAAUCUGGCCUGCCUCUCCGCUCCGCUCCGUCCUCCAUUUCCUCUCUCCGGUUCUCCACCUCUUCACUCUCCAUCUAUAACAAUCUCAGAGGGCUGCACCUGAUCUGUGUGUUUACGUGCUUUUUGUUUCAGCUUGAUUUAUUUAGAUUUCUGUCGUAGAUGUCCUUGCUGUCAUUAUUUUGUACUUGAUCUUCAAUUAUUUUGUUGUUAAAUUAUGCUGUAUUUGAGUGGAGAUUACAAAGGAGGUUUUGACAGUUUCUGCUUACAUAUUUAUAGUAACAAUGACUUGGUAGCUCUUUUCUACUCAUUAAUUUUUGUGUGGUGUCGAUAAAAUAAAACGUUACGGUUUGUUUUUGUAGCAUUCAUCAGUUGUCAUAACCCUGUGGAGUCACUAGGGUGUGAUAUUGCUACAUAGGCUGGAAACCCUUUUCUUCAAUCACUGCAUAUCAAAGU